AUGAGAUCAAAUCUUACUUACUGGUAAAGAAAUUAUCAUAGCAAAGCAACAAGUCUCUACAUUUUUGGAGCACAUACUUUCUGCUUUUUAUGAGGUCACAUUUAUGGAAACCAGAAAACGCUCCACUUAUUAUUUGCCAAUAAAUAGCCACAAAUAUAAAUGGGGAAACAAAAAAAAAAAAAAAAGCGAAAGACAAGCGACAAACAGUGUUAUAAGUCAAAUCGUUACCAAUAACAAAUCAAUUUUUUUUUUUCUUCUCUCCUUUUAAGAUCGGCUCGCUCGUUAUUGAUGCCACUCCGCCACCAUGCCGACCGCAUCCACCGCCGUCACUCACCGUCCUAUGGACCUCCUUGCACGACUCACUUCACCUGACCUCGACGUCAAGCUAAAAGCUCUCAGAGAAGUUAAAAACCAGAUCAUCGGUAACCGCACUAAAAAAUUAGCGUUUCUAAAGCUCGGCGCUAUCCCAGCCGUCUCCUCCAUCCUCUCCGCGGCUAUUGCUGAGUCCGAUUCUCAGUUAUCGGACGACGAAGACAACAACAACAACAAGAAAAAUAGUUACUUUAACAACAACAUUAUUGUCCAGUCUGCCGCGGCUCUCGGUAGCUUCGCUUGCGGCUUUGACUCCGGUGUUCGAGCCGUUAUUGAUGCCGGCUCGCUUCUUCUCCUAAUUCAGCUCCUCUCUAAUCCCGAUGAGAAGGUGGUAAAUGCCGGUGCACGUUCACUUAGGAUGAUUUAUCAGUCGAAACUAACUCCAAAAUAUGAAUUUCUCCAAGAGAAAAGGAUGGAAUUUCUUAUUUCCUUAUUGAAUAGUGAAAGCGAAAAUGUAACUGGUCUUGGUGCAACUAUCAUUACACAUUCGUGUGAGACAAGUGCAGAACAGAUAGCAUUAUGUGAUGCUGGCGUUUUAAAGAGGCUUCUUAGCCUUCUUGAAGGUUCUUUAAGUCAGAGAGAUGCUAGUUUAGAGUCUCUGGCUGCAGUAUUUAGGAACAAUCCUGAUGUUAUAUCAGAGUCUUUAAGAGAAGAAAAUGGAAGAGCAUUGACUUCUAUAAUUGGAUUGACGAAUGAUAGGUAUCCCCGGACAAGAUUACUUGCAUGUAUGUGCCUGAUUGUCAUAAUGAAUUCUUCUCCUUGCUAUUUGCAAGAUAUAAGCAUUAAAACCAAAUUGAUACAUUUGUUACUCGAGCUUCUUGAUGAUCACGGUCAAGUUGGAGAUGAAGCUCCGUUUGUUUUUUCUAGUUUGAUUAUGGAAAAGGAGGAUCUACAGCAAUUAGCUUUUGAGGCAAAUGCUCUGGAUAAGUUUUUUAACCACUUGAAAAACAGCCAAUUACAUCCUAAGCGUUUUCAAGGUAUACUGCUGGCAUUGGCUGAUCUAUGCUCAAAGCUGGAGACUUGCCGAUCUAGAUUCCUGUCAUUGGAGGUUUUAAAAUCAGUGGCUGAUGCACUAGAUCAUGACAGCAAUGAUGUACGCAUUGCAGCUUGUAUUUGUAUAAGAAGUGUCACCCGGUCUAUCAAGAAUUUGUGUGCAGGAUAUUUUAUGAAUGAAGUCCUUGUUAUUCCCUUGGUCUGGCUUUUGGAUGACCCUUCAGUGACUGUCCAGGUUGCAGCUCUAAGUGCUAUUAGCAACAUCCUAGUUGAUUUUACAACACGAAAGUCAACUUUUGUACGAUGCGGAGGUGUAAAGCAGCUCAUCUACUUAUCAAAAUCGAUGGAUUCAGCUGUCAGGUUGAAUGCAUUAUGUGCUUUAAAGAACAUGGUGUUUCUGGCAGAUAAUGAAUUUAAAGAAAGGACCUUUAUGGAGAUCACUGCUUCUUUACUAGCAAGCUUUAUUUGUGACCACGACCCUUUUGUUCAAGAGCAAGCUCUAGCUCUUGUUCGGAAUCUUGUUGAUGGAUGUAUAAGCUGUCUUGAUUAUGCCUUUGCUGAAAAUGGUAUUAUACUAGAUGCUGUUGGAAGGGAAUUGACAAAUGCUUCAAAAGCUGAAAUUGGGAUACAGGGUAUGUAUGUGCUUGCCAAUGUGGCCAGUGGAAAUGAAUUUCAUAAGGAAGCGGUUAUGAACAAACUUCUUCCACAAGUGGACAAGGAAACCCAAUCUUUCAUUGUCAAAUUCUUGCAGAGUAAUGACAGCCGAUUGCGUACAGCUGCUGUCUGGGCUGUAGUAAACCUAACAUUUCCUUCAAGUCCUGGUGCAUUUAAUCGGCUUGUUAAACUUCGGAGUGCCGGUAUAGUCCCACAAAUAAGAAACAUGGUCAAUGAUCCCUGCCUGGAUGUAAAGCUUCGUAUUCGAACAGUGCUCAGUCAGGUUAUAACUUUUGGCGAUGGCCUCACAUGAAUAUUUUGAUUCAUUCCUUUGGCCCAGCACAAAGAUGAUAGAGAAUGGAGUUUACUUUUUGGUUUUGACCUUUUUUUGCAUAAUGUGUCCAGCUUUUUCCUGAAGCUUCAAGCAUUUGAUGCUUCAACCAAGGUCCAAUACAUUGCUUCAGUUUUUUUUUCUGCAAGUCCAACACAUUGCUUCAGUUUUUCCAGUUAGAGCAGUGUUGAAAUUUUCUUAUUUGUGGGCACCACUCAUCAGGGAAGCUAACAUGACGUUGCCUAAAUCAUUUUGUGGGAGUCUAAGUACAUUUGGUGCCGAAAUGCUCAGUUAACAACGAGCCGAUUUGGAUGGGAAGGUAAUAUUUGAAAUUGGUGGAUGUAUGGAGAGCUUUUUAGGCAGUACAUAUGUAGUUUUUGUUCAGAAUACCUGAUUUGCUAUUCCCUGACUGCUUGACAAAAAGUUGUAGAAAUUGUCUAGAAAUAUCAAUUGUUGCCGUGUCUUCAAUCUGCUUCUACUCUAAAGCAGCUAUAAGAUAGUUCUCGUUAUUAAGGCCCAGUUGAAAAUUCUAACUUCAUGGAAAAUUUUGUGAAUGCAGCACUCUUACAUUGAUUAUGCAAGAUUGAUAUUAUCAGUGAGUUCCCCUCAUUGUAAGAGCUAAGCUCAAGUCCCUUGACAAGCUUGGUGGGGCUGCACUUUGAGAUAGGAGCUGAACUUGUCACAUUAUUUUUUAUUCCUUUUUCUUUUUGAAUAAUAUGGCAUUAAUGCUUCUCGAGUCGAAAUUUGGACAUGGGUUGUAUGUAUGGUCUUAACUUGGUACUCGUACAUCUUGUUACACUCUGCAUCUCUUUCUGUCGCAGUUUUGACAUUUCCUAUUAAUUGGUGAAAGAUUAAUAACAAUCGAGUCUGGUUGGUGGUAGUAAA